UACCUGUAUGCAGGUAAUUGAAGAUGGUCGAAAACAAAUGGUAAACAUUCCAAUAUGUCAAAACAUUUGAUUAGAUUUAAAAGUUUAGUAUUGUUUGUAAUUAAUAAUUCUUAGAAAAGUUGUUUCUAAAGUCGUUCUUAUGGCCUUUAAUAAAUGUUUACGUUUGACUUAUAAUUUUAAGAAAGUUGAAUACAAAUAUAAAUCAAUGGCAUAAUAUAUAACCUCAAUGGCGAAAUUUUUGAUUGAGUAAGUGCGUAAUCAAAUGUCAUUAGGAAACGUCAUUAUUACACAUUAGUCUUCCACGUUAAUAUGUUCUGAUGACUGAAAUACAAGCAGUUUAUAAACAUUUUAUUCCAACAAACAAAAUGUAUAGUACGUGGCAUCAACAAGUGCUUGCCCUAGAUGCCAAAUACAAUGCACAACGUGCAAGUAAAUUACCAACAUUAGGUAUGCUUUAUAUUCGUAGAAGAAAUCAGUUAUUGAGAGAAAAACCAUUUAAAGAACACGAUAUUCGUACACAAUAUUUAAAAUUACGUUUAGAUUUAUUAAACAAACGAUACGGAGAGAAUAUUGAACAAACUAAUAUUGCAAAUAAUACUUUACAAGAGGAAACGUCAGAUAAUCUACCAAAAUCCCAUUUCGUUCCAAAAAAAUCAACUGCAGAGAAUUUUGCUUUUACUGGUGUUCAUCAUGUUUUUGAUCAACAUACUGCAGCUGUGAUAAUGCUUAAAUUUGCCAAUAACGAUAGGUCCAGAUUAGGUUGUGCAUCUUUAGAUGGAACUCUAUCUAUAUGUGAAGUUAUUAAUACACCACCGCAAGUACUAGUUGUACUUGAAGGUCAUCAGAAAGGAGUUACAGCCUUCGAUUGGAGUAUCAGUAAUGAUUUGAUAGUAUCAUCUUCAUUAGAUACUACUAUUCGUCUUUGGAAAGUACAAAUAGAACCUAAGUGUUUACGAGUGGUUAAAGAUCCACAAAAUGCAGAAAUCUUUUGUUGUGCGUUUAUACCAGCUAAUAAUAAUUUAGUAGUAACGGGUAAUUCACACGGGCUCAUUCAAAUUUUAAAUGUAUCAACAGGAAUCUAUACGCGUGGUGGUUCAUGCAAACUCGGGGAAAAGGUUUUAUCAUUAACUUGUGAAGAAAGUGGUGGUUCAUUGAUAUGGGCUGGAAGCGACAGAGGUACCAUUACUUCAUUACAAUUCGAGCCUAGGAGAGGAAGACUUUAUAAAUUGCAAAGAGUACAGAAAUUAAGUGGUAUGGUAACAGGACUCUCUUGGCGUUCUUGGCAUUCAAAAGAAAUACCAUGGCCAGUAUUUUUGGCAAGUACUGCUUGCAAUGCAGUAUUAUUGUAUUGCGUUGCAGAUAAUCAGGGCUCUUUGACAUUGUUGAAAAAAUAUCCUAUUAAACACAGACUUCAUUGUAUAAAGUCUACGUUUUGUCCUCAAAUGGGAGCUUGUUUAAUAGCAACUGGUUCAGAAGAUGGUGCAAUUCAUCUUUUUGAUUCUUCAAAGGAUGGUAAAGCUGCAAGAGUAAAUCUACUUCAUGGUCACGCAAGACCUGUACUUGCUCUUUCAUUUAAUUAUGAUGAAUCUUUUCUCGCCUCUGCGGAUCAUCAAGGACUUAUUAUUUUAUGGCGCAAUCAUCAACGUCAUUUGUAGUCAUUAUUCAAUUAAUAUUUUGGUUUUUGUAUUUAAUUAUUAAUAUAUUAUAAUAUAUAAAACACUGGUAGGAGAAUGAGCAAUUUAUUGCUUGUUAAAUAAGUAUUAAUAGUUAUAUGUAUAUAGAUAUAUCGCAAAAAUAUUUAUGUACAUUGAUUAAAUGUACAACUAAACCGAAAAACAGUGAAAAACUUAGAGUAGUAGAUAAUUUAUUUUUAAACAUUGUAAUUAUAUAUACAAAAGAAAAUAAGCGAAGGACGACAAGAUCCCUUAAAAAUGUUUUUCACCUAAAAUAGUUUACUAUUAAUUUACAUUUUAUGCAAUACUUUUCAGAGAUUCGUUACAAAAUUGAUCGAAAUACAACUAUAUAUCUCGUUCUCAUCACAGAUCUAUUAACAAUACAUAGAUUAACACUAUCACGUUGCUUCGUAUAAACUGAUUUGUCAAAUAAUAUUUUGCCGUUGCUAAAAUAAGCGUUAAGUCAUGGUAGAAUUCUUUUUGCAAUGCUGUGAUGCUUAUAAGAAAUGCUUUUAUCUAUAAUUAAUAAUAUCAAGAAAAACAUAAAAGUAAUACAGUAAAUAGAUAAAUGAGCAUUGAUCGUGAUUGACUGGGUAAAGUGUGUAGCGAAAUUUUAAUUAGGCUGCUGCUACUGUUGGUAAAGAUUAUCGUCUAUUAGUUGAUUAAUUAUAUAUUUAACAUUUUCAUCAUUUGUAUUAUUAAAUAUGAUUAAUAAUAAAUCAUGUAUUAUAAAAAUAAUACAAGAUUUAUGUUAUAUGAAUUAAUCAACUAUCAGACUAUCAUCUAAAUAUAUAAAUAUUUACAUGUGUAUUACAAAGUUACUUAUAAUAGUUUUGUCAUAGCAUAAACAAAUCUGUUGCUAAAUACGAAGUGUACUGUUGAUAAAGUCAGUAAUCUUAGAUUGUGCAACAUAUUUGAUAUUAUGCUAGAGCACCUUAUAAACAUAUUAUAACACAUUUUUUUCUUUGUACAUCAUGUGUAUGCAAUCAUGCAACUACAUAUAUUGAUAAAUUCUAACAAAAUGUUAUUAUUCCUUUCUAAUAACAAACUAUGUUUAGCCAUCUGUUAACUACACAUGAUCAUUAUUGCACAAAAUCUUGAAUUUAAAUGUUAAUUUCAUUAUAUAACACUCGCUUUUAAGUAUGUAAAUGAUUUAUGUAUACUGUACAUAAGCACUGAAUAGCCCUUUCUUGACUAUCAUCAUUAUUUUGAAAUGUUAUAAUUUUUGUUAUUAAAAUUUAAAGCCUGUGGUGUCAAGACUGAAAUAAAUAGAAAUAGUACUUAUAAAA